GGAGUGACUACAGUUGCAGGGUCUAUAUAUUGGGAUGUUUUGUGCGGUGGGAUUACGCGAAUGAGAGCACAGAACGAGUCACCGCGGCAGGAUUACUCUCCCCGGCCACACACGCAACCAUGGAUCCGUGCUUCCGCGCCCUUUGCGUGACUUUCGUGCUGGCGUCUUUUGGCCGCGGGUCAGGUGCGCUGGGCCCGGUGAUCAAGUGCGAGCCGUGCGACGAUGGCGCGCGCCUGUCCUGCAAACCUCUGCCCAAGGACUGCGCCGAGAGGGUCCGAGAGCCGGGCUGCGGCUGCUGCCUGACGUGCGCGCUCAGCUUCGGCCAGCCGUGCGGCGUGUACACGGGCAGAUGCGGCGCCGGGCUCGCCUGCCAGCACCAACCAGGCGAGACCAGACCGCUGCAGGCGCUUCUGGAGGGACGAGGGGUCUGCGCCAACGCCACGAGCACUCGACGUCUCGUGGAGAGACCGACGCCUCCUGUCAAUGAGCUGCCAGAGACCAUCGAGACUCCGGACGAGGAGCACAACUCUACCAGUGGCGUCUUCCAGAACACGCACAGUGCACAUAGCAGACCCACGGGACCCGUGAGACCUGCGCUUAACCCCUUCCCGCCCUCUGCCAAGGCUGAAAUCCUACGACGGGAGCAGCAGAAGAGAAUUAAAAGCUUUAAAAUGGAGGACGUGCCUGGACCACUCCUGACAGACCAACAGAACUUCUCCCUGGAGAUCAAACCGGAGCCUGAGUAUGGUCCCUGUCGGCGAGAGCUCGAGAGCAUCCUCGGCAGCCUCAAGAUUACAGACACACUCAACCCUCGAGGUUUCCGCAUACCAAACUGCGACAAGAAGGGCUUUUAUAAGAAAAAGCAGUGCCGUCCAUCCAAGGGCAGAAAGCGAGGCUUCUGUUGGUGUGUGGACAAAUACGGGCAGCCCUUGCCAGGUUUCGAUGGGAAGGAGCGAGGAGUCGCCCGACACGUCAGCUCGCAAGGCCAAUAGGAGCCCAAGUGGGACUUGAGGGAGGGGGAGGGCUAAAGAUCUGUAAACAAGCAGAGACACUGAGGAUAUUGGGAGAGAGGCGAUAUGUGGAUGUUUGCUCUCUCUAUCUGCGGGACCUUUUUGUACAAGGAACCAGAUGGAUUCUUCACAAAAGUUUCUGACAAUGAAGACUCGGGCGAUUCAUGUCCAAAGCCGAUGGAACGCACAGAUGUGCUGCCAUAAUAAUUAUGAUUAUUAUGAACUUGCACGCCGGUCA